AUGCACUUUUCUUCAAUUAUCAGCGCAACUGCGCUUCUCUUCGCUCACUCCACUCUGGCCGACGUCCCACUCAUCACCAAUGCCACCGACUUUACAACACUUGCCGACACAGACAAAGGCUUUCCUAGCCAAACAUUCCGCUCUUCUGACAUUAUUGCUCCCGUCUUUCUUGUAAACAAAUGGGAGCAGGAUCAAGUCGACAAUGCAUCCUUCAUCUUCCUCGGAACAGUCUACGGGAAGAACAAGGCCGGCCCAAUGAUCUUCGAUGCCCGCGACAUGAGCCUCGUGUAUGCCGAUCAGAAAUACGAGAAUACGUAUACUUCAAAUGUACAUGUUAUUAAUGGCACUCGUUAUUUUGCUUUUUGGGAGGGCGGCCAUACCCGUGGCCACGCCAAUGGAAACUGUCUCUUCUUCGAUGAAAACUACAACCUCAAGUACAACGUCACUGCCCAAGGACUCAACGACGCCCGUGCCGACAUGCAUGAACUCAGCGUCACCCAGAGCGGAACCGUCAUCUUCUCAACAUACUUUAAUAUCCCUUUUGACUGCCGCUCUGUGGGAGGACCCGAAAAUGCGCUCCUCAUGGACAGCGGUUUCCAAGAAGUCGAUGCAGCAACGAAUGAGUUAAUCUUCGACUGGCAAGCUUCAAAGUUCUUCACUAUCGAUAAUUCAUAUGCUUCAUACAACGCCGAUUACGGCGUUAGCGAAGAUUCCGGCUUUGACUUUUUCCACAUCAAUUCGAUAGAAAAGACUCAAGACGGCAACUACCUCGUCUCCAGCCGCCACAUGUCCAUCCUCACUCUCAUCGACGGCAAAGACGGCCACCCAAUCUGGAUCCUCGGCGGCAGACAAAACCAAUUCACCGACCUCUCCAACGGCGCAGCCACAAACAUCAGCUGGCAGCACGACGCCCGCAUCAUUCCAUCAUCCAACAUCACCGACGAGACUCACAUCACUCUCUUCGACAACCACGGCGAAUACAGCGGUCCCUGUCAAGGGAAAUGUCAAACUCGUGCUCUCCGCAUCGCCGUCAACCAAGUCCUCCACACUGCAAGGGUAGUCAGCGAAUUCUCCCAUCCAGAAAACAUCGACUCCGGCGCCAUGGGAGGCUAUCAAACUCUAGACAGUGGAAACAUCAUGACGGGAUGGGGAUACUACCCCGGAUUUGUCGAAUACACCAGCGACGGCACACCGGUUAUGGACUUUCAGAGGGGUGCAAUUGGCGGAGAGCCACUGCCGGACAUGUUUGCCUACAGAGUCAAUAAAGGAGAUUGGAAAGGGAACCCUUCAUGGGCACCAAGUGUGGCCGCUGAUGCACCAAACCACAGCACCCUCAAUGCAACCGUCUACGUUUCGUGGAAUGGUGCAACAGAAGUUGCCUCAUGGGCUAUAUUUGCUUCCAAUGAUCACAGCAGCAUCAACAGCCACACAAACCUCAUUGCCGAAUCUCCCCGCCACGGCUUCGAAACCGCCAUCUCCCUAUCAAGCCAAAAUACUACUCGUCGAUACGUUGGUGCAGCCGCUGUGUCAUCCUCUGGCGAUGUCCUCGGUUCAACCAUCGUCAUCGAUCUCCAAAACGAGGGCAAACCUGCCACUGUAGAAAGCGGCAUAGUCACCCUAAAGCCUCCAUCUCCAUCACCGCCACCAUCAUCAGCAUCAGGGAGUCGAAGCACAAGUACUAGCUCGGUAGGUGUCAUGGGUGGAUCGAUAUUUGGCGCUGCAGGCGUCUUUUAUGCAGGAGUAUAUUACUGGCGAAGGAGAGCAAGGGGACGGCGUGGGCACGGAGAAGAGGGAUACAGGAUGGUAAACUUGAGAGAUUAA